AUGGCUCACCAGCAACCUAGAUAUGGAGUGAAUCGUCGCCAGCCAAGGGCACGUUCUAUCGACGACGAUGAAGACUACGAGGUUGUGGACGUUCCAUAUACUCGUUCUUUGCCCACUUGUAGUAGCAAAAGGAGCGUCUUCCCCAAGCCCACUGCAGAAGCUAAGGUGAUGACCUUUCGUGACGAGGAGGCUGUGUCUAGAUUUUACCAACAUCACAGCAGGUCCCAGUCCUCAGCAAACCCUCCUUACAAGCCUAGUCUUGUUUAUGCGGAGGAAGAAAUCAGAGCUCCAGAUGUCAGCACCAAGGACGGCAAUGAUCAUAUCAGCGAAAACGAAGCGGCAUCCGUGUCCCACUUUACUGGGCAAAUUGACUCGUUCCAGUCCCAGCUCCCAAGAACUCCCCGUUCUUUAAAGAGUAACAGCUCCUUGAGAACCUCUUCUAACGUCGACCAAGAAUCCCACAUCACUCACCGGCCCUCGAGUCAUCCUUCGAUCAGCCUAUACGACAACGAAGAGGACGUCCUAGAUCCUACUGAAAAUUUCGAGGCAAAUCAGGCUUCAGAGACCUAUUCUGAAGAGGAGAUGAACGCGAUCGCAGAUGCCUUGGCCAACUCCCCCAGGAUGCUUAGGUUUCUAGAAAAUAACGAAAUGUCGGACCUCGAGGAGCACAGCCAGGUCAAAGACGCCUUUCCCAACCCCGCCGAUGAGACUGAGGAUCUUGGGCAUCCAGAAAGCGACCCAGUAUCGGAAUUCGAGAAGGAUCUCAAGGAUAUUGGCGCCAAGUUAGGUGAAUUUCUCCGCGAGAAUGAUAUUGUUGAAACCCCGGCCAUUCAGCAUUCACUGGGCUCUGAGGAACAGUUAGAUGAAGCCGAAAAGGGUGGAAUGAAUUUGCCUGAAAGUCUAAGGGAUACCAAAGACCCAACUAAUCCUCAGACGAUCAUUCACACAGAAACCCUUUACGCAUCGUCGCAUCAUGACGAGGAAUCCAGUAUUCCUGGAUCUGCAGAGGUUGAUGAUCCGAUGAUCUUCGAGGGGUGUCCAGAUGAAUACAGAAACUCUCCGUCUGAGCUCUUUGAACAGGCUUUUGGCUUCCAACCGAAACUCAGUCAGUUGAAUCUUCUCACAGAGAACUUUCACGAAUCGUCGCGGCAUCACGAGGUCUCCAGUAUUCCUGGGUCGCCUGAAAUUGCCUAUCGGAUGGUCUUCGAGGAUGCUCUAGAGGAGUCCGAAAAUUCUUCUUUUGAACCCUCUGAAGACGUUAUUAUCUCCCAACCGCCACUUCCCAGUCCCACGGAGAGCCUUGGUGAGUGGUCGCAGCAACCCCAGGACCCUGAACAGACGAGCAGCCACGAACAGGCCAGCGAGCCAAGCGAUGGUUCAGGGCAUCUCCCAUUCCAACCGACCGGUGAUAGAGAUUGGGAUCAAAGAGUGAUGGCGAUAUAUCAGAUUCUGACAACCAUCGAUGCGUCUCAACUCCAGACCUUCACAGUCCUAGCCACUAUAAUUCUGCGUCAACUAGGGGAAAUGAGCGAUGCUGAGCUCCAGAAUGUCGUACGUGCGGUUUUCGAUGUCAAUACUUUGUCCGAUGCAGGCCUGUUCAAUUCUCAGUCCAUGGAUGCCGAAGGUUUCCAUGAUGAAACCAUCGAAACCGAAUCUGCUGGGAUUGAAUCCUCCAAUUCAAUUGCCCCGGCUUCGGACGUCAUAAGUUAUCAUGAUCAAGCUACCCAAACCAAGCCAGUUGGGGAAACAUUGAAGUUGAAGUCACUGUAUGAAAGGAUCCAAAUGAUCGACAACGAUUCGGUCCUUCUGAUCAUGGUUUUCUUGUUUGUAGUUAUACUUUUGAACGGACUGACAUUCCUCUGGGUCUCUAUGGCUAAAGCUAACUCGACCUCAUCUUGA